AUGAUUAAUAAUUUAGGAAAUGAUGAAGAAUUUUUAUUAUUACAAUUACAACAAAAAGGGAGAUAAUUAGAAUAAGAAAACUUUCAAUUAAGAAAAGAAUUAUCAAAUCUAAGAACUAUUUUGUAAUUUAAUUGUAUUUGUUUUAUAUUAUCAUUAAGUAAAUAGAUUAGAAGUGAAAACAAAGGAUCCAGACAAUAAUGAAGAGAAAGAAUAAAUUAAAUAUGUUUUAACUCACUCUACUCAUAUUCAAAAAAGAAAGGCUGAAGUCUAAUUUUAGGAAUAAUCAAAAACAGCAAUUCUUUAAGGAUCAGGUGAGUAUUCAGACUAAUAGAAUAUCAAUAUCAAACAAUUUUAAGUCUUUUCUUAUAAGAUAUUGAUGAACGAUGAAUUAUAAUAACACCCAAAUAUUAUUGCUACAGAGUCAAAAAUUGAAAUUAUUUUUGAUAGAAAGUAACAGAAUAAAAUAAGUAAUUGA